UAAAAAUAAAAAUCAAUAAAUUAAAAAAAACCAAUAAUUGACUAAUUAUCAUUUUUAAUAGACUCAAAGUCAAAAUCACAUUGCCUAAACAGCACCUAAACAUCUCAAUCACUCAUCCACCUACUCAACCAAACAACUUUAAUAUUUUUUAUAACCUUAGAAAAACUACUAUCAAUGUCUGACAAAAUCUAACAAACUUUAGUCAACACUCCUGCUGCUUUAAGUGGCUUGGUGAUGGAAGAAUGCAACUUUAAUUAUAAUCUUUAAUAAAAUGCUAACAAUAUCUAAACUCAAAACUACUUCAAUACUACCUCAAGUCUCCCUCAAAAUGGUAUUCUUUACUCAAACUCUUUCAAUUCUUCGUAAUUACCUAAUAAUAUCAAAAUUAACACUUUGAAUGUCUUUGGAGAAUGCGGUAAUAAUAACGAUCCUAACUUUUUUAUGAACUCUUUUGACUAGGAGCCUUCUUCACCUCGCAACGAUUAUGCAUAUAUUAUAAAGAAGGAGUACUGUUUCUGCGAUUAAUAAGAAUAAUUAUUUUAAAAUACCUAAAAUUUUGAUUUUUUCAAUGAUAAACCUAAUAAUAGCUUCAAUAAUAAUUUAUUUAAUCGUCAUUCCUCAAAGAAUUAAUUUGGAAAUAAUUAAUCAAACAAUUCUAAAAAUAAUAAUCAAGGAGAUAAAUGUCUCUCUUUCUUUUUUGAUUGCAGUCCCAGCGUAAAUCCUUUCACCCAAGGAAUUAAUAAUAAUAUAUAUCCUUAAGACUGUGCUGGCCAAUAACAAUAAUAAUAAAAUUAAUUAGGACUCUGCCAAAACAUGAACAAUGUUAACCAAAAUAUGUUUGCUGAUAUCCCUCAACUUAUGAAAGCUGAUUCUAUUGUUGAUGGAAUUCAAAAUGAAAUUCCUGCUCAUUUCCUCUAAGAUAUAUCAUUCGAAAGAUCUUAAAGAAUCUAAUAAACCAGAUUUGCAGAGUCUGGCAAGAGCUAUCAAUUCGAUAACAGCUUCAACUUAGCUGGUUUCUAAUAAUCAUAAUCUUCCUAAAAUGGUAUUGCUUCAUAAAGUUAAAACUAAAUCUUUAGUCUUAUUAAAUAGAAUUAAAUUAUCUCAAAUUACCCUUAAUAAGAUUAAUUCCAAAACAUAGCAGAAGAAAUCAAUUUAUAAAUAAAUACCAAGAAAGAAGAGGAAACUUAGUCUACUGGUAAUUUUAAUCCCAAGCAAGAAUAAUACUAUAAUCUCAAUGGAUUCCCUUAUUAAGAUGAAUAAAAUGAAAAUUUCAACUUCAAGGGAAUCGAUUAAGUCAGCAAUCGUGAUUGCAGCACAAGAAGCCAUACUUAUUUCAAUUAAAAUUAGCAAAACAAUAUUGUAAGUGCAAGUAAUAUCGAUAGCACUGUAAAUGAUGAUGAAGAAUCUAAGAGCUGUAAGAAAGUGGACAAGAAGAAGAGAAUCUGCAAAAAGAAGGAAAAAAGCAAAGAAGCUUAGUCUCCUCUAGCUAUAAAAUUAGAAACUGAGAGAAUAGUAGAAUAAAAGGAAGAUCGUAAAAGAGGAAAAAAGACUUUGUAUUACAAGGGAAGUGAUGGAAAGUAGAAGAAAUUUGCUCGUAUUACUAAAAGUAUGAUUAGACCUGUAUGCAAUGCUGUAUGCAAGUACUUAAGAAGCUAUGGUGCCAAGGUAGAGAAGAUUGAUUGGCUCAAUUAGCUUCGUUCAUUUUUAAUUGAAAAUUCUAAAUUUAUUCCAACUGCCGUUGAUUUCUUUGAAAAUCACUUUGAAAAAUAUGUGAACAGUUCCCCUAAAUUAAUUGAAAAGAGUGAAUACUUGCUUUUUAAGGAGAAUUGGAUUAGAGGAGUUUCUGACCCUGCUAAUUUCAAAGGAUUAAAGCAAACAAAGUGA